CGCUCUCUGCAGGUUCUCAGCCAGCUGUGCGUCCGGACAGAAGACACGACGCUGCUCUCAUAUGCAGUCCGACUGGAUAUUUAUGAAGCUUUCAAGGCCUUUUGAUUGAUCUGUUGCUCCAUGGGGAUUCUCCGGUGCUUUCCGUCUGGUUUCUCCUGCCCUUCACCCCUCGGCCUGCCCUCCACCCUCUACAACACCUCCUCCAUACAAAUCAUGAAACUGGUAUUAACUGAAUGGCAAUUGAUAUGGAUUUUUACUGUUUCCAAUAGACAGUAAACACACUUACACCACACCACACACACACACACACAAUUACAUGCACAUACACCCACCCACACACACACACACACACACACUCACACUCACACUCACACACAUCACAUCAGCGGGAGUGACCUCAUGGUAGAGUCAUAUCCUCCCCAACUGUCCGAACCAAAUCCCCCGACACGGCCCGUCCCAGAGCUCCUGCAAGCGGCCUUCAUCAAACGUCACAUUUCGGGAUGCUUUACGCUCCUUGAGUGCGAUCCACAGCAGAUUUCCUCCGCAGAAGGGCAUCCGCGGGAAGCGGUGUGCUGCUGUUGGCUUUAUUCUUCAUAGAUUUUUUUUUUUGUUUUGCGUUAUUUUGUGUGUGAUUUUGCGUGGAGCCACACGUGACCCCUGCUCUGAGUGCAUGCCGACGACGAUGGCCCCGCAGAACCCCGAGGCCGACGCCGUGCAGAUGCAGGCCGCCGUGGUGACACCUGUGGAGAAACGGGCUGGAGGAGGUGGAGCUAAUGGAGUGGGUGGGGCUGGAGGGCGGGAUUUGGAGAGUCAGGAGGAGUCGGUCAGCGAGGGAUCUAUAGACCGCAUCCCGCUGCGUCAGUGGAUCAUGCACGGCGCCGUCAUGUUCGGACGAGAGUUCUGCUACGCCAUGGAGACGGCGCUGGUCACACCUGUACUGCUGCAGAUAGGUCUUCCAGAGCAAUACUACAGCCUGACGUGGUUCCUGAGCCCCAUCCUGGGUCUGAUCUUCACGCCUCUGAUCGGCUCGGCCAGUGACCGCUGCACGCUGCGCUGGGGCCGCAGACGGCCCUUCAUCCUGGCGCUGUGUGUGGGCGUCCUGCUGGGCGUCGCGCUCUUCCUCAACGGCUCGCUGAUAGGUCUUGCUAUGGGAGACGUGCCAAAUAACCAGCCGAUAGGAAUCGUGAUGACGGUUUUGGGGGUGGUGGUGCUGGAUUUCUGUGCGGAUGCGACGGAGGGUCCCAUACGAGCGUAUCUGCUGGACGUGGCCGACACUGAGGAACAGGACAUGGCCCUCAACAUCCACGCCUUCUCUGCAGGGCUCGGAGGGGCGGUUGGUUACGCCCUCGGUGGUCUUGACUGGACGCACACAUUCUUGGGUCGAACCUUCAAGUCUCAAGAGCAAAUUCUGUUCCUGUUUGCCGCGGUUCUGUUCACGGUUUCCGUGGCUCUGCACCUGUUCAGCAUCGAGGAGCAGCAGUUCAGCCCUCAACAGGACCGUCUGGAUGAAGAGGCAGAAACCGAAUCCAGUGUUAAAAUCGCAGCACACCAACCCCAGCUCGAAAUGAUCCAUGAAGACGAGUCCUACGAGCAUUACGACCUCUAUGCGGACCGGCGAUCAGAGCGAGAGCUGGACAUGGACUUUUUAGACGUGGACAUCGUUCGAAGUAAAAGCGACUCAGUUUUGGCGAUGGCCGACUCUACGCUGGACCACCACGACAUGCUGUUUCUGCGUGAAAUCGAGCCGUCUAUCUUCCAAGAUCGCAUUUCUUCCUAUCACGGGUCACUGCCACGGCGCAGCAGCAGUGUAGAGAGUCAAGAGUUCCUGCGUGGAAAAUUCAGCCGACUGUCUGCGUUUCUGCAGCAGGCCGAACGUGACGGAGAAGAAGCUCUGCUUAACAGUCAGCUCAACCAAUCCAAAGCGCCCAACGGACAUACGACAGACCUCAACGGCCACGGGCCGCCCGGUAUCAAUCCCUCCAGCACCAACGCAUCCAUGCACCGCAGACGCCACACAUUCUACCGACAGUCGUCAUGCACCUUCUCCUACUACGGCCGGGUUGGAUCCCACCGCUACCGUUACCGGCGCGCCAACGCCGCGUUCCUCAUCAAACCGUCCCGCAGCAUGAACGACAUCUACGAGAUGGAGAAGCGGCAGAAACAGAGGAAUGGACAGAGAGCGAGGCACCAGAGUGGGAACACCAACUCCAGCGGGGACACGGAGAGCGAGGAGGGCGAGGCCGAGACCACCGUCCGCCUGCUCUGGAUGUCCAUGCUGAAGAUGCCCAAAGAGCUGUUCAGACUGUGCGUGUGUCAUCUGGUCACGUGGUUCUCCAUCAUCGCAGAGGCCGUGUUUUACACCGACUUCAUGGGGCAGGUCAUCUAUGAGGGCGACCCAACAGCCCCGCUGAACUCCACCGCCCUUCAUAACUACCACAGAGGGGUUCAGAUAGGCUGCUGGGGGCUGGUGAUUUACGCCACCACCGCCGCCAUCUGUUCAGCUGUACUGCAGAAGUACCUGGAUAACUUUGACCUCAGCAUAAAGGUCAUCUAUAUCCUGGGCACUCUGGGCUUCGCCAUCGGUACGGCUGUCAUGGCGAUCUUCCCCAAUGUCUACGUCUCCAUGGUGAUGAUCAGCAGCAUGGGCAUCAUCUCCAUGAGCAUCUCAUACUGUCCGUACGCUCUGCUGGGCCAGUAUCAUGAUAAUAAAGAGUACGUCCAGCACAGCCCCGGCAACUCCAAGCGAGGUUUCGGCAUCGACUGCGCCAUCCUGUCGUGUCAGGUGUACAUCUCUCAGAUCCUGGUGGCAUCGGCGCUGGGCGCGGUGGUGGACGCAGUGGGCAGUGUGCGUGUCAUUCCCAUGCUGGCCUCCGGCGGCUCCUUCCUGGGCUUCCUAUCCGCCUGCUUCCUCGUCAUCUACCCGGGCUCCAGCGGAGAAGCGGAGCAGACGCGGGCGCUGACGUCCCCCAAUAACAACGGCAUGACCGAGAAGCCCAGCUUCCUCAAGCUCACGCGCAAAGGCGCCGCCACCACCACCUGCAAAGUGGAGUGCGAAUCCACGCUGUGAAAGUGAUCAGAUGACGGCGAACAUCUAAUGCCGUGUUCACACUGCACCAUUUUAGCCCCGACUUUCACUCGCCGACAGGUUUUGCGAAAUCGCCAACGAAUGCCCGAAAUCGGAGGCAAAUCGGUGCUCGUUCAUGUGAGUGACAAUUAUCAAAGAUGCACUCAGAGAAUCGCAGACGCCCGUGAAAUAUUUAACAUGCUACCCUAGGGCUGCAAGAUUAAUCGAAUGCGAUAGUCAUGCGCAUCUCGUCAGUAAAGCCGGUUCUGU